AUGCUAAUUCAAAAAAAGAAAAAGGCGCUAGCUCAGUCUAAGCUCAAAGAUAUAAUUUCUCAAUUAAAUCGGGAGUUACAGCAUCUUGAAGUAUUAGAAAAUAGAGGAAUGAUCUCUGAUGCUGAUAAAGAAAAAAAACAAUCUCAACAGAAGUAUAGAUCUCAGAAAAGACAAAAGCUUCAGCAGAUGGAAAAACAGCUUAAAGAAGCAGGUUUCGAUAUGCAGCUUGUUAGGCCAACAUCUCAAAAUUUAGCAAGAAGAAGCCAUGAUGAUACCCAUUUCUGCGCUGCUUUAAUAAGAAAUAUAAAAGAAAUAUUGUCAUUAUUGGGUCCCAAAAGUGCUUUAGUAAUAUCUCAAGAUAAUAAAGCACGAAUACCUCUCAGUUUAGCAUAG